AGUAUCAGGUCCAGAAAAAAUAGUCAGUGAAGUAGAGACGGAUGACCACAUAGUAAAACUAUACGAUUUCUGCAGUGAGAACAGUGAGUCGAUAGAUUAGGUACUAGAACUACCGAAUUGAAAAGUAGAACUAGAACCGCCCACGGACUAACACAUAAGGUAGUUGUGGCUCCUGGUGGCGAGCGCUUGUCUAGUCGUACUAGCUGUGCUACUAGUGCCAGAACCAACAGUAAGCGUUUCUUUUCGACUUUACUUUUGCUCGGUUGUACUACUAUAUCGCAAACCUUCAAAAGCAUCUUCCGCGAAAAUGAUGCAGCCACCGACAGAAGAGUUCCAGACCUCCGAGGAUUGCGAGGCCAUCGGGACUUUUGCAGAAAUGGAGAUGAAAAGCGACUUGUUAAGGGGAGUUUACGCAUACGGGUGGGAAAGGCCAUCCGCAAUUCAGCAGCGAGCCAUCGUGCCAAUCUUCAAAGGUAUAGAGAACCGAGUAGGUGGCACGUGACGAUGAUUUUUGGCAUGAUGGUGCAUAAAGAACUGCAGUUGUUCUUGUUGUAUCAGUCGAUAAUCGAUCAACGAGUAUAACGAAGAUUGGCGUAGUAGUAAUCGUGCACCAGGUUAUUGUCGAAAUGGGAAAACUUCGAAAAGGAAAACUUGAAUUUAUUGCCGUGAGUUGAUCGUUUAUUCACAUUAGCAUUACAUCUUUCACAACAGGUCGCGACGUAAUAGUGCAGUCCCAGUCCGUAUCAAAUGUAAAAAUGUCUGGGUCUGGAAGAUUGGGAGACUUGUCAUGCAUAUUUUCAUUUUGCAUGACCCAUGACGCCUGUAAUGCAUGUCCUACCAUCACAGAUUUUUAGAACCCUUCCUGAAGCCUAUUCCGCAUGAGAAAUGCCCUCUCCGCGUAGCACAAACUGUGGUCCUCUUGCUGGUCAUGCAAUACAGAUUUUUCUGGAAUCCAAAUGCAGCAUCACAAGUUGCAUUCUUCCAGACCCAGACAUUUUUACAUUUGAUAGUCCGGUACGGGAAAGACCGCGGUUUUUUGCUUGGGGGCACUCCAGGUUGUCGUGAAGAAAAACCGUUACCCGCAGGUAAGAAGUAGAUCAAUAUGAUUUUGUCAUCUUCAACAUGCUGUUUCGUUUGUCAACAUCUACUAUUGCUGGAAGAGAAGUACUAUUCUUGCAGCUGGGGAAGAAGUAUCCUAUGCAGUGAAGAAUUUUUGUUGUUCUACUUCUAGGACGUCGCUACGAGUAAGAAAACGUUGAAUUUGUCAACAUCGCAAUCAAAAUGUUGAAAACAAUCAGUAAAAAAACGAGUAUCACUUAUCGCAGGCGCUUCUCCUCUCUCCCACACGCGAACUGGCAGAGCAGUCACAGAAGAUUUGCGUUGCCCUCGGGGAUUACAUGAACAUCUCGGUCCACUGCUGCAUCGGUGGCAAGAGAAUACCUGACGACAUUCGCGCGCUGGAAGCGGGUUGCCAUGUGGUUUCCGGGACGCCGGGGCGGGUGUUUCACAUGAUCCAAGACCGGCACCUGAACACGAAGGGCAUGAAAAUGCUGAUUCUUGACGAAGCAGAUGAGCUGCUGAACAAGUAGAUAUUUGAUAAUUUUCAUGGUAUUUAUGCGAAAAUUUCAAAUCUUCAUCGUGUCAGACUCAUGGGCGAUGUUGUAAGCAGCCCCAUUAUUUUUUAUCUCUACCAGCCCUACUAUUCUUCGCAGGACAAGGUCGUAAAUUUAUUAAAAUUAGAGCUACCAUCAAUAAUCCAAAAAUCACCCAGGGGCUUUAAGGAGCAGAUUCACGACAUUUACCGGUUCCUGCCUCCGGGUGUGCAGGUCGUCUGCGUGUCCGCAACUCUGCCGCACGAAGUUUUGGAAAUGACCCAGAAAUUCAUGAACAACCCGUUUCGCGUGCUGGUCAAGCGCGAUGAGCUUUCGCUGGAGGGGAUCAAGCAGUUUUUUGUCGCCGUGGAACGCGAGCAGUGGAAGUACGACACGCUCUGCGAUUUGUAUGACACCCUGACGAUAACGCAGGCGGUGAUCUUCUGCAAUACGCAACAGAAAGUGGACUGGCUCGCGGGGAAGAUGAGGGAACAGAACUUCACGGUAUUCUUAACUUGUCAUGCUAAAGAAGAAUCACAUGCAAAAAUCUGUGUUGCACGAUUAUACCAAAAGCUGUGCACAACUUUCGACCAAGUUGAGAGGGAGUGUCUACUCAUGCAGGAUAGGCACGAUAAUAGAGACCACCUCACAGAAUCUGUCUUGCUAAAUUCUGCAUUUUAGACCUCAGGGGUCAUGGAAAAUCAGCAUGACAAAUCACUGCAAACUAAUAUUCUUCAGGUUUCCUCGAUGCACGCGGGUCUGGACCAGAAGGAGCGGGAUUACAUCAUGAACCAAUUCCGGUCCGGGCAAUCCCGAGUCUUGAUUGCCACGGACGUUUGGGGCCGUGGUCUGGACGUGCAGCAGGUGUCGCUGGUGAUCUGCUACGACUUACCCACCAAUCGUGAGCUGUACAUCCACAGAAUAGGCCGAUCGGGGCGGUACGGCAGGAAGGGCGUCGCGAUAAACUUCGUGAAAGAGGAGGACAUCAGAAUUCUUCGCGACAUAGAGCAGUUUUAUUCGACGCAGAUCGACGAGAUGCCGAUGAACGUUGCGGACCUGAUUUAAGAAGGAUCGAUAAAAACAUCAUUUAAGAAGUUUGGGUGGACAACAUAAUAGAUGAGGCUGUACCUCUACAGCUGCGGAACAAGUGAGCUAGUACACUUUUAUCCAAGAAGAUGAAAGGCUGAAUCGCAAGCGAAAAAGGAAACAUAGUCGCGAUUUCGAUUUUCAGUUUGUUUUCGUCUGCUUGGUGAGCGGACGAGAGGGUACUAUUGCUUGGUGUUCAAGUGUUCAACAUUUCUGCUGCCUUCUAUAAUUUUCGAAAAA